UCAUGGCUGACGGAGGAACCGUUUCUCUCGACUGGUACCCGAGCAAGGAGCCACGGGAAGGCGAGGAGAGGCUGCCGAUCAUUUUCUUGAUAGUUGGUGUUGGAAGCUCGUCGCAGGAAUACUCUAUGCGGGCACUGGCCAAGUCACUGGCUCUCAGCCCGCAGCGGUUUCGAGUUGCUGUUUUCAACCACCGUGGCACAGCACGCAUGCCAGUUACCUCCCCACGUCCAUAUGAUGCCGGAUUCACCAGUGAUUUCCGUGAAGCAGUGAAUCACGUUCGUAGCAAAAGCCAUCCCUUAGCCAGGAUGAUGGCGGUCGGCUUUUCAUAUGUGGGCGAAGAAGGCGAACAAUGCCUGCUGUCGGCGGCUGUGGCUGUGCUCGGUGAGGCGGUGAAUGCCGACAGCUUCCUCAACAACAAGAUAUUUCUGCCGCAGGUCAUCCGGUCGAUGAAGCACAGCCUCAAGCACGCCAAGACCGUCAAGCCCCACCCCGAGUGGAUCAACGAGAUCGAUAAUAUUAUAACAGCAAGUAGGCCGAGACAGAUUGAAGAGCAGGUCAUAGCCAAGAUCAACGGGUGCAAUAGCUUGGAAGAGUACUAUGCAAUGGCCAGUUCUUCAAGCUAUGUUGACAACAUCCGCAUUCCAUACCUCGCAAUCAACAGCCUCGACGACCCAGUCACCCCGCCUGCCGGAAUCCCAGUUCAGAAAUUCAAGCAGAACCCGCACCUUUCCUUGGCGCUGGUUCGACACGGCGGCCAUUUGGCGUUUCUCACCGGGACCCUUUCCCCCAGGGUCUGGCUCAUCAAACCGAUCGAGGAAUUCACAUCCGCCAUUGCCAAAUUGUAGAGUUUGUGUUGAACACACCCGAGCUUAGGCUGGCUGGCCGAGCUCUCAGGAGUGCCAGCUACUUGUACUGCAGGCCCAUAGAAAAUGCUGUU